UGGCUGCCACCUGCUCGGCUCCUCGGUCCCACCUGGCCUUUCAGAGGACCCAAGAUGAGUCUGCCGGACUGCAAACCACCUGGUCGACAACCUUCAUCCGUCCCGUCGCACUCUCCUGUGGUUCAGCUAAAUGUCGGGGGUCACCUGUUCAGCACCACACUGAGCACGCUCAGAAGACACCCGGACUCCAAGGUGGCGGAGCUGUGCGGCUCUCAGCCCAAAGUCAGCGCCGACGGUCAGGGACGCUACUUCAUCGACCGCGACGGUUCCCACUUCGGAGCCGUUCUGGAGUUCCUGAGGUCGGAGAAGCUGCCGACGAAAAACAUCCGGGAGGUGUAUACAGAGGCGGUCCACUAUAACAUCAAGCCGCUGAUCAAACGUCUGGAGGAGACGCCUGAGCUGUUUGGGGAGCUGGUGGGAAGACAGCAGUUCCUCUCCAGAGUCCCGCACUACAAAGAAAACAUCGAGGUUCUGAUCCGUAUUGCCAGAGCGGAGGCCGUGGCCGCGCGCCGCUCCACCAUCCUCAUCUGCGUCAUGCGCACUGAGGAGGACCUGGGUUUCUAUGACAACGCCGUAAACAGCCUGGAGGCCGGAAAGGAGUGUGCGGUGACGUUCGGGCCGUGGAAGGCCGAGCCGUCCGUCAGGGACCUACUGGACUGCGUGAAGAUGGACAUCGAGAGUCGCGGCUACAACGUCAGCAUCGAGGCGCACGCGCCCGAGCGCGGCUUCCUGUCCAAGAGCUACGACUUCUUCUACCAACUCACCUUCACCUGGUGGUGACGAGGCGCCCGCGAGCUGCCCGUGGGUUCACACUUUAUCAUAAUGAGCUGCACCUUCUGGUUUUCUUACGGAAUAAUGUUCAAUCGAAAUAAAAUACACCCAUCUUUUUUUUUAAAGGGAUUUGUUACACAAAAUUACUUUUUUUUUUAACUUUAAUUUUUGUUUCCAAUCCUAAAACCAUCCAAAGUGGUGAAUUUUGGGAAUAAGCUAAUGUUUGUUGUUGUUUUUUUGGUCUCUGGAAAAUAAGCCAUUAAAAAGCCCAACUCCCAAUUGUUAAAGUGACAGUAUGUAACUUUUAUAAAAUAUAUGAUUUUAAAAUAUUUGUAAAAACCAUGACUUGACAAUAGACAGAGAAUGUGAUAUAAAAAAAAAACAUCGAUCUCCUCCACCUUCUUUCUGAGCUAUGAUUAGUAUCUGAAGAAUCUUUCUCAUACUCUCAAGAUAUAGUGACAGUGUCAACAGAUAUUUAAAAAUAUAUAUUUGUUAUAAAGUUAUAUAGCAACAGCGCUGCGCUGUUGCCUAGCAACCCAAGCUGAGAUCCAGCACGUUUGGUCAGCUGGUUUACCACUGACCAAGACAAUUGUUUCGUCGACUUAUUCAGAAAUGACUGUCUGCAUUCUAGUUGGAUGCGCAGGAAGCUCCACUUCUGCUUUUCAAAGAAGUACGGUUGUAUAAUUGUCCAGCCAUUUUCAUGUGCAAGUGUAAAUGUUGAGAUUUCAAAAGAGAAUGGCCAGGUAAGCAGCUUAUUUGGAUUUAAAGUGACAAGAGGCCUUAAAACAACUAAAACUAUCUUGGCACAAAAACAUGAAGAACAUGUUUUGUGUAGGCCACAGCUUUAUCCAAACCUUUUCAAGGAAGCGUAAUUGGGUACUUGGGCGAUGUUCGUGCGAAAUGUUUUAUGUCCGUCGUUUUGACGUCAGUCCCACAGUCAUCCUAUUCAAAAUGUGUCGCUGACAUCACACAGGUGUUUAUUUCACCGCUUUGAACAUUUUCACAGCUUUCUGAGGGGAUUUCACUUUCUGCAGACGAGACUGCGUCAAACCCCGGACGCUGGGCAAUCCGUCGCUCACUCACUGAUGAGCCGAAAUGUGUGAAGAGCCAAAAGAUGAACCGUAAGCAGAGCAGCUGCCCCGGCGUCGACCACAUAGCAUUUAAAAGCUGCCAAACCACAUCCUGUCAGGAUGAGUGGGGGCAGAAACCUGCUGGUGUCCAACGGGGCCUUGAAUGCAUCACCCGCCUUUAUUCUAGAACAAGACAGCAGGUCCUUUAGGUGAAAGGGGAAAUCACAGAGUCUGAAUGUUGAUUCAAAUGUUUCAGUGGAGGAAAUAAAUGUAUCAUGGUGUCUGUUCUGCUGAUUUAGUGUUUUUAGAAACAGUUAAUAAUGAAUGCACAGGCUUUGAAAACAUACAGACACUUUGACUUAAAGGAUCAAGAAUAAGUGUCAUAAUGAAAGUUUUACUUUCCAGUCAAAACGCCAUCAGUGAAAAAUCCUGAACUGUUUGUAAAAAACAAACAGCAUUUUCACUAAAAAAGAAUCUGAAUGUGUUGCAUGUAAUGAAAUAAAGUUCAUCGCAAAGUCAAAAGUUUUUAAGAGAAAAAAGCACAUAAAAUAAUUUUUUUUUUUCUGUCAUAAUGGAUCCAAAGCUUGAACGCAUUUUCCACAUUGGCUGUUUUAAAUCAAGUUUAAUACAAAAAUAAAUCAAGUUUUUUUGGAUUUCAUUGAACAAGCAGGAUUUGGUUCACUUUUUUCAAAACAUUUGCUAUAUUAAUUAUUUAAAUAAAUAACUGUCUUGGUUGCAGCAAAAUUGCCUUUUCAGUAAAGAGACAUAGUUCUACACUCAAAGAUUGGUUAUGAAAACAUGUAAAUACUUUGUGUUGUGCUUAAAAUUAUGUUAAUUUAAAAAUAAAAAGUCUCCAUCUGCAUCAAAUGCCUUUUCUUGAUGGGACAGGGUUGCAGUUUGGAGGCCAUAGAAAAUCAGUCCAAGGGCCACAAAUGGCCCCCGGCCCACAUUUUGGACACACCUGCUUUCAUAUAAAACACCUCAAUCCAAACAUUUUGUAUGGAAACCAUCGAUACGGCGAUCUGAUUCUCCCACAAAGAAAAAUCCAGAGCUUGUUAGGAAAUAUUCAGAUUCUCAAAAAGCUUCUAAAUUGGCUGUUAAAAUGACACAAAUUCUAGUUUCUAGUUGAGCAGUGACAUGACAUAAAACAAUGUUUAAUAUUUGUUUCUAUUGCUAGUCCAGCAUUGCAGAUCCAGUCCCUGGUUGGAUUUUUGAAAUGAAUAAUAUAAAAGAAUCAUUUAAACCGGCAGAUAUGAACAAAAACAGCUUUGUGCCACUCAACCUGUUGAGUUCAAUAACAUUUCUGCUAAAGAAUAAACGUUACAUGAGAACUUCGUUCAGACGGUUACAUUUAUAUAUUUACAUGUUUUUAUAUACAGAUUUGGGUAGU